AUGGCCAACUCGGCACCUUCCCACCGUCCCCGUCCCCGCAAGGGAAGACCUGCGAUCUCCCCCGGCUCCAACAACAACCUGAUCCUAGAUAUCGGUGAUGGGAAGCAAUCCCCCGCAUUCCCGCUGGUAUCAUUUCUGUGGGGUGCUAGGGCUGGUGUGUCACAAUGGCUCAUCCUGCCGCUCAUCCUGAUGGCAGUUGGCCUCUUCCGAUGGGCAGUGAGCUUAUGGGGCUACUCUGGCUUCAAGGUUCCUCCCAUGCAUGGCGACUUCGAAGCGCAGCGCCAUUGGAUGGAGAUCACCACGCAUUUGCCAAUGGCUCAGUGGUACACCUAUGACUUGCAGUACUGGGGUCUUGACUAUCCACCAUUGACUGCAUACCAUAGCUGGCUGCUUGGAAAGAUUGGCUCUGCCUUUGAUCCGGACUGGUUUGCUCUGGACGCCUCCCGAGGUUUCGAAGAUCCUAACUUGAAAGUAUACAUGCGCGCCACCGUGGUCGUUUCCGAAUACUUUGUGUUCAUUCCUGCCGUUGUCACUUUCCUUCGCCGCUACACCCGGAUGCAGGGCGUCCAUGCUUGGUCUGCGUCGAUUGCUCUCGCGGCCAUUCUUCUACAGCCGGGGAACAUCCUGAUCGAUCACGGUCAUUUCCAAUAUAACACCGUCAUGCUGGGACUUGUGGUGGCGAGCUUAGACGCUAUACUGGCCGGGCGUAUGCUCUGGGCCUGCAUCUUCUUCGUUGGCGCAUUGGGUUUCAAACAGAUGGCCUUAUACUAUGCACCAGUAAUGUUCGCUUAUCUUCUAGGCGUGUGCACUUUCCCUCGGAUCAACAUCCCCCGCCUAAUAAAUAUCGCUCUCAUUACAUUGGCCAGCUUCACACUGCUUUUGGCUCCGCUCAUGGUUGGAGCCACAAGUGCCAAUGCUCGCGAAAUAUUCGCAUCUUCGCCCGCGCCACCCUUGUUGCAGACCCUUCCUGUUCAGCUGGAUAAGAGUUCCAUCUUGUAUGCGUUGCUGUUCCAACUCACCCAAAUUAUCCAUCGGGUAUUCCCCUUUGCACGAGGUCUCUUCGAGGACAAAGUUGCCAAUGCUUGGUGUGCAAUUCACACUUUCUAUAAGCUCACUCGGUUCGAUGCCACUCUUCUACAGCGUGCAUCUCUCGGUGCUACCUUGGCAUCCAUCAUUGUUCCAUGUGCUAUCAUUUUCCGCCACCCUCGAGCAUCCCUUCUCCUUCCCGCUCUGUCAGCCGUCUCUUGGGGUUUCUUCUUGUUCUCGUUCCAGGUACACGAGAAGAGUGUGCUGUUACCUCUCUUGCCCAUGACCUUGCUUCUUGCUGGUGAUGGUGGUCUUAGCAAGGAGAUGCGUGCUUGGGUCGGAUGGGCGAACAUCCUCGGUUCAUGGACAAUGUAUCCUCUCCUAAAACGCGACGAACUGCGGAUUCCCUAUUUCAUCAUCACUUUGAUUUGGGCCUACCUCCUAGGCCUUCCUCCCACUUCCUUCGAGACCUAUCGAAGCCGUGCUCCUCGGGAGACCCCGACUACCCACUUCGAACCCUCUACCCUCACUACCCUCCUCCACUAUAGUUUCUAUUUGGUCAUGUUCGCCUGGCACAUCCUUGAGGCAUUCGUGGCCCCGCCUCCUGACAAGCCCGACUUGUGGGUGGUACUGAACGCCCUUGUCGGAGCUGGUGGUUUCGGCAUUGCCUAUCUGUGGUGUAUGUGGAAGCUGUUCACCCAGUGUCGCCAGAUUGACCGACAAGCGGCCGGGGACGAGAGCCAGAAAAAGAAGCAGUGA